AUGUCCGAAUUACGAUAUACAGCCAAUACACAACUUGAACAACUCCAUGCGAGAUAUACCGGUACAGGACAUGCGGAUACAACCAAGUAUGAGUGGUUAACGCACCAGCAUCGAGAUACGUUAGCUGCGAUCAUUGGACAUCCACCUUUACUUGGCUACGUGUCAAUUGCAGAUGGGGAGUGUCAAGCUAGGAAGAGGUUCGAAUUGAUUGAGAAAAUGGUUCAACCGUGCGGUAAACCACCAGGCAAAACGGAUGACUAA